AUGAAUCAAGAAGAAAUAGAAGUUCUACAAACAAUCUACAAUAAUGAUUUUACAUUUUCGAAUACUCGACCUGUUUGGUAUGGGGUAAUGGUGUCGGUCGAUGAAGAGAAACAAAAUUUAUUUGCCGAAGGUUCACUUUCUCAACAAAAAGACGAGAUUUCAAUUGUUGACCCACAAUACGUUCAAGUUUUAUUUAAUUUACCGUUGGAAUAUCCAUCGGUUCCUCUUGAAUUCCUAAUUGUUGGUCCUUUGUCAUCGAUUAAUCAGUUACCAUCGGACUUUUCAUCCAGUUCACCGACUUUAAGUGACCGUGGUGAUCCAAUCACGAACAAUGAAGAUGGUCUGAAACAUCUAGAAAAGCUCUUAAAAGAUUGUGCGACCGAGUUGGCAUCACGGGAGGAACCUGCGAUGUAUGAAAUUGUAGAAUUGACUAGAAAUUGGUUAUGGGAUUACCAACAAAAAUCGGUAAAUCAUCGACGUCAUCAAUAUUUUUCAAAUCGGUGGAUUGGGGAAUGGCUGGAUAAGUUGUUUGAUUGGCAAAUUGCUUCUUAUUCCCCAUCCAGAGUCAUGGAUGCUCAAUUUAAGGCAGAACUUAAAGUUAUCGAAGAUGUAGAAGAAGAGAGUGGUGAAAAGAUUGAAAUUGCUAAAGUCAGAAAUUAUUUGAGAGAGAGUCUUUGGAAUGUCAACAAGGCUGUGCAGUCGAUCGUUAAAAGUAUUCGUGAUGAUUCCUUGGAAAACGCAUCGCACAUUAAAGAAAAAACGAAAGAAGUCAUGGAAGACAGUGACGAUGGGAAAAUUUGCGCGAUAUGUUUUGACACUUUUCCUGCCGAGGAAAUAACUACUUUUAUGCCUUGUGAUCAUAGUACAUGUAAUGAUUGUCUCAUUCAAUACCUCACUCUUAAAAUAUCCGAGAAUCAAAUUUUCUCAAUGAGUUGUCCUGGAGCCGUUAAAUGUAAAACCUUAGUAAGUCCAAUAAUCAUUGGCCAAUUACUUUCUGAACAGCUGAUAAGCAAAUAUUAUUCUUGCCUUCGCGAUUCCUUUAAUCAACUUCAACAACAUCCCGAAGUUUCUAAACCUCACGUUCAACAACCCGUCAAAAAAUUCUUAUGGUGCAUCAAUCCAAAAUGUGAUCAUUCAUUAUCAGUUAAAGUGCAAUCUCUUCCGCAAAAUCCGCCGUUAUUCCAUUGUUAUGGAUGUAGCACGACCUGGUGUUCGUCAUGUGAAUUAGUUGGUGGUCACUGGCCAUCAACCUGUGUGGACCACGAAACGUACCUCCGCACAAAUCACACGGUAAAACUUCCUAGUAAGCUUCCCAAGAAGUCGAUUUCCGAUAUCUCAACUAAACCAUGCCCCAAAUGUCAUAUACACAUAUCUAAAGAUGGUGGAUGCAUGCACAUGUCAUGUCAAAUGUGUCAUCAUGAAUUUUGUUGGGGCUGUUUGAAAGAAUGGACCAUGCGUUCUCACACUGGAUUCUACAUUUGUGAUUCGAUGCCGAACGGUACGGACGAUGAUGGUUUCCAAGGUAAUAACACCUUUUCGGUAUUUGAUCUGGACGACAUACAAACUACCCCAGGACAACUUCAGAAGAGAUUCAAGAGUGGAGUAGUGUUAUAUUCUACUUCGCUCAAACAAGAACAAAUGGAACUAGAUUUACUGCUUAAGCACUACAGAAAUGGAUCCGAUACCAGGGAUAUCAGGAAAUUGAGAAUUGAAAUCACGCAGUUAUUGGCACAAUUGAAUUAUAUAAUGAAAUUUGGUUCCAUGGGAUUUUUUACGAAAUCGGAUAAGGACGAACUAGAGGUGAAAAAAGGCGUGGAAAUUAUGCAGAGAUUGGAGUUUGGGUUGAGCACCAUGGAAAAGUUGAGAGAUCAGGUGAUACGAAUUGAUCGGGAAAACGUUGGAAAAGAGGAAGGUAGGGAUAAAUGCUACAUGAUGAUGAAUGAGGAGAAAUUAAAAGGUUUGAGAGAGGAGGUAGAGAGAUGCGAGGAGAGGUUAGAAAACAAUAUCAAGAAAUUGGCGAGGAUUCUGCAUUGUUUGGACAGAAUAUGA